AUGGUCAGCAAGAAUUCCCAGAAUGUUUCACCAUUGAAACUACUGAGUGCCAGUUCAAGAGACCCAGCGGCAAAAGAAGCAGUGGAAUGGAAAGCAAAGCAAACAAAACUCAAAAUAAAUGAAAAGACAGAGGGACAGGAUCCUUCUAUAAACUCUGAGACAGCAACAAAUAUGAAACUCAGCGUUUCAAGUUCCACAAGGCAGCAGAAACCAAAACCUGGUGGAAAGACAGACGGGCCGGAUUCCUCCUUAACAACAAGACAAAAUGCUCUCCAGAUGUCAGAAACAUCAAAUCCUACUCUCAAAAUGCACAGUUCUAACAGCAGCAGAGGGUAUAAUGCCUCUAAAGCUCCGUCCUUCAGAAAUGUAACCACGCAUGGACAUAAACCACCCAAACAGGUUCCCUCGAUUAUGACAGCAAUAGAAAAACAAGAAGAAUGUGAAGUCCAGUCAGAAAGUGUGCACGAACCGCAAAUUGAGGCCACUGGAGAAGUGCUGUCCGCAAAUGACCAGGAUCCUCCUGAGGCACAAAAUGAUGAGGAUGAAAAUGAGAGCGAUGAAGGACAUGUGCCGCUAGAACUGUUUGCUGAGUUUCUACAGGCUGUGAUGACAAAGAAUUACCAACUUGCAAAGAAGCUUUGUCAGAUGAUUUUAAUUUAUGAGCCCCAGAAUUCAGAAGCCAAGCGGUUUCUUCCUCUCAUUGAAGAAAAAUUACUGAUAGAAGCGGAUGAAGAAUCAGAUGAUGAUGAUGAUGAUGAAUCUGACACAUCUGAUGAUGAUGAGGAUGAUGAAGAUGAUGAUGAUGAGUCGUCAGAUAGCUCUGAUACAGAUAAGGAGUCCACUGACAGCACAGACGAAACAUCAUCUUCAUGCUAAAUUUAGCAUCUGGUGGAGUUCAUGUCCUGCAUCACAUACAGCUUUGUUUACCGGUUAAAAUUUCUUGCACUCAAAAAAGAACUCAUUGGAUGAACUCAAUUUAUUUGAGGGCAAGAUUUCCAUACAGUAAAUUUGUUUAGCACCGACCUAAAAAACUUUACACAACUGAAUGCAAAUGAGUUGGUCCAACAUGAUUUUAUCAAAUAAAAGUUUUAAUACAUUUCUAUUUUUAUUUAACAAACUCAAAGGUCUAGUAAUAUCACGUAUGUCUAUUAUGUGUCAUACAUUUCAAAGUCUCUUAGUUUUAUUAAGUUAUUCCAAAUGAAUGAAAAGAGCCAUUAUUUUAGCAUAUUUCAUGAGUUACAUAUACUGUUGAUUGAGACUGAUCUCUGAACUAAUUUUAGGACAUGUAUUGCUCACUGAGCAAAGCAACGAACUGCAUUUUUGCUAAUUAAGCUGCCAACACCCAAAGCAUGGCUGCUUCUGCAAGGUGGCAAUCUCAACACUCACUAAAGUGAAUAUUAGACUCUGACAAGACUUUCUAUCAACUUUUAACCCCUAAGAUUACCAACCCAGGCUCAUUCUGAAAACAUACCUCCACGGACGUUUCUGGAGACUGCGAAAUACAUGCCUGCGGCACGUUUUUCUGCAGUUUUUGUUUUCGCGAAUCCGCCAGAGGUCGCCGUGUACGCUUUUCGAGAUCUCAAAUUUCCCUCGCGAGUGACGUUCGCGCAUGCUGUUCUCGUGUAACCCCACCAGAGGCCGCUGUCGACUCAAUAUUUGACAGACUUUCUGACUGACUGAGCGAACGUUUGGCUGACCCACCCUCCCCCUUCCCUAAACCCAACCAAUUUUAUCGGUUGACCCGCCCACCCACUUCCCUAAACCCAACCAACACGUUUCAAAAGCGAUCCAAAAAAAUAAAAGCCCUCGUCUGACUUUAGUUUUUUUUUACCACGUUUUUACAUUUUACCACAUCCUCACCCUGCUAUUUACUUGUUUGUUUUAUAUUUGGAUUCUGUUUUUGUCUUACCUGCUUUCUGGAACUGCUCUUUACCGGACUCGAAUCUCCGUCUUCGUGGUCAACUCCUCUCUGCAUGUCAAAUCCGCCAACGGACGUGGCACAAACUGGUUGCAGCUUUAAUGCCGUCCAAACGGAGGUAAGCGGUCGGUCAGCUGGUAAGCACAAAAAAGAAACGGCGUCACACCCCCCCAUAGCGUUCGUUUAAAAAAACGAAAUGCGGCCAUACGUACCUCCGCCUACGUAAUUCGGUGUCUCCAAAAACGUCCGCGGAGGUACGUUUUCACAAUGAGCCUGUAUUGAAGAUUACUUUUAUUGUCAACAUUUCCCUAUCCUAAUUCGAUCCCAAAACAUGCUGGGAAGUACAAAUCCCCAAGCAGAUAGUUGGACAAACACAAUUCCUUCAUGUUGUCCCAACACAAAACGCUUAAGCCAUGGGCCUCAAACUCAG